UUACUCGCGUGCAGUAUAAAGGCCGGGGCCUCCCUCGUCGUACUUCGCUACAAGCAGGCAGAGAGAGAGAGAGAGAGAGAUGGAAGAUCCUCUAGACGCUCUGAGGCCUCUCAUGGCGACUCACUCUCUCGACGCCCUCAUCGUUCCAUCGGAAGACUCUCAUCAGAGCGAAUACGUCUCCGCACGGGACAAACGGCGUGCGUUCGUCUCUGGAUUCACCGGCAGUGCUGGUUUGGCACUCAUAACAAUGGAUGAUGCACGGCUUUGGACCGAUGGGCGUUAUUUCUUGCAGGCAACAAAGGAGCUGAGCGACCGGUGGAAGCUCAUGCGAAUUGGAGAAGACCCAUCUGUAGAGAACUGGAUAGCUGAUAAUCUGCCCAGUGAUGCUGCUAUUGGGGUCGACCCUUGGUGCGUAUCUGUGGAAGCUGCACAGAGAUGGGAGCAUGCUUUCUCAAAGAAGAAACAGAGUCUGAUUCAAUUGUCCACGAACUUGGUAGAUGAAGUUUGGAAAACACGACCUCCACUAGAAAUUCAUCCUGUUGUUGUUCAGCCAUUAGAAUUUGCUGGACGUAGUGUUGCAGAAAAAUUAAAGGAUCUUAGAGAGAAACUUGCUCAGGAGAAUGCUUAUGCGAUCGUUAUUGCAACACUUGAUGAGGUUGCUUGGUUGUAUAAUGUUCGGGGGAAUGAUGUAGCUUACUGUCCAGUUAUUCAUGCAUUUGCCAUUGUAACAGAUGAUUCAGCUUUCUUUUAUGUUGACAAGAGAAAGGUUUCCGCUGAGGUUCACCAAUAUUUGACCAAGAAUGGAAUUGAAGUUCGGGAGUAUGGUGUAGUGGAAUCUGAAGUAGCCUUGCUUGCAUCUGGUGAGCUAAGAUACUCAUCUUCUCGUAAAGAUUCUCAGGUGGAAGCCCCAAAAGAUGGUGAGAUUGGUUUGACCAGAAACAAUGAAAACGAAGCUAAAGAAAAUAAGUCUAGUUUCAUAUGGGUCGACCCUGGCACUUGCUGUUUUGCCAUCUAUUCAAAGCUGCCUUCUGAGCGGGUUCUACUGCAGCAAUCACCUUUGGCCCUUGCAAAAGCUGUCAAGAACCCUGUUGAGUUGGAGGGCCUAAGAAAGGCACAUAUUCGAGACGGUGCAGCAGUUGUGCAAUACCUUGUCUGGCUGGAUAAUAAGAUGCAGGAUAUUUAUGGAGCUUCUGGUUACUUUUUGGAGCCCGAAGGAACAAAUAAGAGAAAGCGCUCGGAGACCAUGAAAAUAACAGAAGUAUCUGCGAGUGAUAAGUUAGAGGGUUUCCGUGCAAAGCAGGAGCAUUUUAAAGGGCUGAGUUUUCCAACAAUUUCAUCAGUUGGUCCAAAUGCAGCAAUUAUUCAUUAUUCACCGAAUUUAAAAUCAUGUUCAGAACUUGAUGCUGAUAGCAUAUAUCUAUUUGACUCGGGAGCACAGUAUCAAGAUGGAACAACUGAUAUAACAAGGACUGUUCAUUUUGGCAAUCCUUCUGCACAUGAGAAAGCCUGCUAUACUGCUGUCCUCAAAGGCCAUAUUGCAUUGGAUAGUGCCAGGUUUCCUACUGGGACAACCGGACAUGCUCUUGAUAUUCUUGCUCGAGUUCCUUUGUGGAAGGACGGUCUUGAUUAUCGACAUGGGACUGGGCAUGGGAUUGGGUCUUACUUGAAUGUUCAUGAAGGCCCUCAGCUAAUUAGUUUCAGACCUCAUGCUCGAAAUGUGGCAUUACAACCUUCAAUGACCAUAACAGAUGAACCUGGUUACUAUGAGGAUGGGAACUUUGGUAUCAGAUUGGAGAAUGUGCUUAUAGUCAAGGAAGCUGACACAAAAUUUAAUUUUGGCGAUAAAGGCUAUUUAUCAUUUGAGCACAUAACAUGGGCACCUUACCAGAAAAAACUGAUGGACCCGACCUUGUUAACGCCUGAAGAGAUACAAUGGGUGAAUAACUACCAUUCGACUUGUAGAGAAGUUUUGUUGCCAUACAUGGAUGAGCAUGAGAUUGCUUGGCUGAAAAGAGCAACUGAACCCAUAAGCAGUUAAGUAGUCUCUGAACGGCCCCAUCUGCUUUGGCUCGAGCGUGCGUCUGAUUCUAAAUUAUCAAGAACAUUUGCUCAGUUGGUUGAAAUGAAUCUAGUAUUAUCUCUCUAGUUGCCCUUAUUUAUAAUUUUAUGAUAUUGCUCUUCAGAAACAAACAUAGACGUCAGUUGUUACAGUGUUGGUCCUUGCUUGAAAUAAAGGGGCAGCUUCAUACUAA